UACACAAUUACAAUUAUAAACAUAAUAUUAUAUUAUAUUAAUAUUAAUGUUAUAGAAAAGUUUUGUUUUAAUGAUUACUACAGUUGAAUCAAUAAUUACAGAAUAUAUGUAAAUAUUAUUUUUUAAAUCCUUUAUGCUUCCAGAUAUAUAAAGAUAAAACUCUUAACAAAAUGAUACAAAUAAUUCAAACUGUCAAUCAAAAUCAAUUAAAAGAUUAUGAACCAGACAUAAUAAUGACAUAUAUAAUUAAAAUACUUUUUCAUUACGAAGAAACAUAUAAAAUUGAUGUGUGUGAAUGGAAACGUCGACGAAAAAUACGACUUGCACAAAAUAGUUACCAUCAUUUAUUGGAAGUAUAUAUUCCUGGAAAAACAAAACAGAUUGUACAUGCUGUCAUUAAUACAAUUAACGAAGAUAAAUUAUGGAAAUUUGAGACCUUUUCUUUAGAAAUAAUAAAUAACUUAAUGGAUCAUGGCAUUGAUGGUUCAGUAGUGGUUCAUACAAUAUUGAAUUUAAUAGAAUCAACAGAUAAAAAUAUAUAUGACAUCAGAAUUAUUAUCAAAAUUCUAUAUGAAAUAUUAGAUUCUUAUGACUGGCCUGAAACUAAUGAUACAAUAACUGUGAUAGAAAGACUUUUAAAUUUCUUUUAUAAAACUAUAAUAAAUACAAAUACAAAUACAAAUACAAAUACAAAGGAUACAUUACUUUUUUCUAAAAAACUUCGAAAAGGUUUUGAAAUAUGUAUCAGAAACAUAAUUAAACAUUUAUCCAAUGAUCAACUUCUUAUCAUUGUACAUCAUAUGUGCUCAUGGACUAUGCAAAAAAAUAUGAGUGAUAAUAUUAUAUUGGGAUUCGGUAGUAUUUUAGAAUAUACAGCUUAUAUGCAUCAAACAACUCUGUAUGAAAAAACUCUAACACCAAUAAUAUUUCCCUUAUUGAUGCAAAUGAUAGCAUCCAAUAGUAAAAUAAUCAGUUUAUUAGGUAAUAGAGUUAUACAAUAUUUGAUAGAUCGAAAAAAAAAUAGAAUAAAUUUUAAUACUCCCAAAAUUUUUUUUGACAAUGUAGACUUCGAUUUAAAAUUAAGCAAUUAUUAUAAAGAAGACAAAAUAUUUCUUAAAAUUCAUCGUGAAAUUUUACAUGAUAGCCUACUUAAGAGUAUUUUGAAUCAUCGUACAUCCCGUAUGAAUUUAGAAACUAGUUAUUGCACAAUAUGUAUCAUAGCAAUCGAAGUUCCUUGCGGUUUCACAACUGCAGCAUUAGUUUGUUUAACUAUGAACUUACAAAACUUAAUUUUAAAAGAAAAUAAUCCUCAUAGUAUAGCAUCAUAUCAUAUACAUGCUAUUGUCAUAUCAAUUAUGUCUCUUUUAUGUUGGAUUCAUAAGGCUAAAGUUUUUUAUAAAUAUGUCAAUAAAAUUAUGAUGGAGAGAGCGGACUGGGCUCCACACUUAAAUCCACCAAUUCAGUCUGAAUAUAAUUUUGCAGUACAUCAUAUUUUUUGGUACAAACCAGAAUUAUAUUUUAUUGAUUGGGAAACGCGAUAUUGCUUAUGGAAAUGUUUUCGUCUUCAAAAUUAUUGAAAUAAUAACCUUAAAAAUAACGUUAAAUAAAAUAUUAUUAAUAUGUA